AUGCAGUUUCAAUAAAUCAAUCAAAUUGAUAAUAAAGAAUUAAUUUCAAUUUGUCAUUGUUUGGAUUGUGGUGGAGGAAUCAACAAGAAAAUAUUAAUUUCUAAAAGGGAAUAUAUAUAAAUUAAUUCUAAAUCAAAAAGAUUUCCAGCCUCACCUUAGUUAUCAAUCUAACCAUAACAUGUAAGACCAUCUAAUCGAGAUUUGAGUUUAUUUGGAUCUCCUGCUCAUUAUAAUAUUAGUUAAUAUAAUUUUUAUGUGAUAAACAUUCCAAAUAGAUUAUUUAGAUGA